AGCCCGAACUGCACACAUGCGAUCUCCCUCCAGAGGCGCUAAUGCGGCUGCUGAUCCACCACCAACGAAGAAGCCGGAGAGUCACACGUGCAAGUUACUGUCAACAUGGGGAAAAGGAGGCAGAAUUCGCAGCUUUUCAGCAGUUUAACCAAAAAACAGAAGAAGCACUUGAAGGAAUUCGGAGAGGAGCAUCCAUUCCAUGACGUAGUUGGGGCAAGACCUGAAAAAACUGAGAUAUUGAAACUGCCACCAAGCCCUGAACACUCUGACGCUGAGCACGAUGAGCUGGAGGACGAAGAGGCAGACGUGGAGCAGCAAACCGCCUAUCAGAAGCUUCUUUCCACUCUCCACCAACCCGGGAUUAAUGACAGUGAGGAGGAGAGCACUGACGAUGAAGAUGAAGACGAUGAAGAAGAGCUUUUGGAUGAAGGGGACAGCGAUGGAGUUGGCAAUGACAGUGAGCAUGGCGAUGAAGAUGAAGGUGAAGGUGGAGAAGAGAGUGCGGAUGAGGCUGACGUUGAAGCGGUAGAUGGGGAGGAGAAGGGGGCUGGAGACGAGUUUGUAGACAAGGAUCAUGAGACUCAGUUCUGUCUGGAGACCAACUUCACGGAGGCAGAAGAACAAGGGGACGCCGACAGCGCUGCAGAGGAAGACCUUAAAGACAUGUUUCUGCAGCAUUUGGACACAGAGCUUGAGGAGGAGGAUGUGCAGAAGAUAACAUCUGGCACCAAAGCCAAGGCUCAGAUCACGUGGCCAAAAUUGGGAACUUUACUGUGUACAUCACCCCUGGAGAGGUUUGGAGGCAUCGGCCCACACAAGAAUACAAACCUGCCAGUUUUCCACAAAGUGUUGGAGACCCGCAGGAAGAAUGUGAACCAGACCGUCGACCCUAAUGGGCCGGCUGGGGAGAGCAGCCCUCUGCAGCUCGAGCUGCUAGCGCUGAUGGGCUCCUACAAGGACCUCUACUGCUCGGACAUCUGUCCUGUGGUCCAGGCCCCUCAGGUCUGCAGUGCAUACUGCCUCCACAUUCUCAACCACGUACUGAAGGCCAACUCCCGGGUCCUGGCUCACAACGCACUGCUAAGGGAGCAUAAAACCCAAGCUGCACCUGGAGCUGAGCCGCAGGACGAACCCAGGGACCAAGGACUGACCCGGCCCAAGGUCCUGAUUCUCCUUCCGUUCCGAGGCGGAGCUCUGCGGGUCGUCCAGAACCUCAUCAGCCUACUGGAGGCAAAAGGCAAGAAGAUCAUGGUCAGCAACAAGAAGAGGUUCAAGGAAGAGUUUGGCGAAGAGGCAGAUGUCGAGCCUCACCAUGUGCAGCGACCUGACGACUUCAGCGCCAUCUUCUCGGGCAACGUGGACGAUCACUUCAAGAUAGGCGUCUCCAUUGUGAGAGGCAGCAUGCGCCUGUACUCGCCCUUUUAUUCGUCAGACAUCAUCAUUGCGUCACCGCUUGGCCUCCGUACGGUGCUCGGAGCAGAUGGAGAAUUCCACCGAGACUUUGACUUCCUCUCCUCCAUCGAUCUGCUGGUGGUGGACCAGGCAGAUGUCUUACUCAUGCAGAACUGGGAGCAUGUGUUGCAUGUGAUGAAGCACAUGAACCUGCAGCCGCUGGACUCCCACGGAGUGGACUUCUCCAGGGUGAGGAUGUGGAACCUCAACAACUGGGCCAAACACUACCGGCAGACGCUGGUGUUCAGUUCCAUCCAGGACCCGCAGAUCAACAACAUCCUCACCAAGCACUGCGGCAAUUACCGUGGACAGAUUGCCACUAAGAACAUGCCAAAGACGGGCUCCAUCUGCCAGGUGCUGGUUGAGCUGCCUCAUGUGUUUCAGAUGUUCUCUGCUGACAGUUUCAUGGACCACGAUGCCAGGUUUCAGUUCUUUGUAGAUAAAGUGCUGCCUCAGUACAGGGACUCGGUUAUGUCCCACACUCUGAUCUACAUCCCGUCUUACUUCGACUACAUCCGGCUGCGCAACUACAUGAGGAAGGAGGAGAUCAACUUCACGAGCAUAUGCGAGUAUUCCAGCAGGUCAGAAGUGUCCCGAGCCAGACACUUCUUGCAAAACGGGGAUAAACAGUUCCUGCUCUUCACUGAACGCUUCCACUUCUACAAGAGGCACACCAUCAAAGGGAUCCAGAACCUGAUAUUUUAUGGAUUGCCCUCGUUCCCGCAUUUCUACAGCGAGGUGUGUAACAUGCUCGCAUCGGGCGGUCGAGCGGAGGAGGCCAGCUGGACCUGCACUUCCCUGUACUCGCGUUACGAUGCCCACAAGUUGGCUGCAAUCACAGGAGCACAGCGAGCCGGACAGAUGCUGCACUCCAACAAGGCUGUUCACCUCUUUGUUACAGGAGGGGAAGAUAAAGCUCCCUGAUGGAGGUGGGCGGAUGGACGAGGGACCGCUUCAUGAAACCAUGGCAGAUGCACACUGUACCUCAUUAAAUCAAGGGGACCCUGUAUUGAGUGUAUUUGUGUUUGCGGAUUGUCAUGUGACACAUCGCAGGGUGACUAGUUUGACGUGAGAGAAGCGCGUAACUUCUCUCAUGGUGAGAACACGACCCAUUAUGUUUUAUAGACAACCGGCACAAGGGAAGACACGUUUAUGGGUGUGUUUGAUGUGUUGUAGGUGGAAACCGGCCAGAAACAUCAAUCGACAGAUGGAAGACAUCCUAAAACAUUGUUGUAUUGUGUUAUGAAUCUCUGAGGUAAUUGCUGAUAAGCUGUGUAAGCAUCGCUCGCUGGUUCCAUGUGUGUUUACAGAUUGUAUUUCAUUAAUGCUUUUAUCUCUCCAUUGUUUGUUCAUACUAUUUGUAGCAAUAGUAAGUGCUAAAAUGAAUCAAUUUGAAUACAUAACAUUAGUAUGCUGUUACACCCCAAAAUAGAGGGUUUAAAAUAAGUUAUGGGUGCAUUUUGUAAUUCUAUUUCAAGCUACAGGAACUACGUUUCUGGGGCUAAUUCUCUGCCACACGAAUCCACAACAAUGUCCUGAAAAAUGUUUUAAUAAAAAGUGAAACACAAAAA